CAGAAACAAGUAUGUCUGACAAUUUAGCUGAUUGAAACCUUUGUUUCCUGGGAGACUGGCUGCAUUGACUCUCACAGGCUGAAGAUGGUGGAGACUUCUGACAUCGUGGCCCUGGACUGUGAGAUGGUGGGCAUGGGACCAUUCGGAACUGAAAAUGGAUUGGCCCGUUGCAGCAUUGUAGAUUACUAUGGUAACGUGGUCUAUGAUCAAUUCAUCCAACCAGAGGGUGUUAUAACAGCUUUCAGGACCUCUGUGAGUGGAGUUCGCCCAGUGGACAUGGAAGGAGCCAUGCCAUUCAGGGUUGCCCGGGAACAGAUUUUACAGAUCCUGAGACACAAGCUGGUGGUUGGCCACGAUUUACGUCAUGACUUUGAAGCACUGAAAGAAAACAUGUGGCGCUACCGAGUCUAUGACACGUGCAGUGACUGGCUGCUGAGAAAGGAAAGCGGGCUGGGAAACUCCAGGCGGGUCUCCCUCAAGGUCCUUUGUGAAAAGCUGCUCAAGAAAAGCAUCCAGACUGGCAGAGAGGGCCACUCCUCUGUGGAAGACGCCAGGUCGGCCAUGGAGCUCUUCAAGUUUGCCAGGUCAAAAGGGCAUGGAUCUAUUUAAGGGACUUCUUGCUUCUCUCUGUCUCAUCGGUUCACAUGUGCAGCUGCGCUGAAGGUUAUGGGAUGGGCUCCUAGUAACGUGUCCAGUGAUGAUCUUGUUAUGGGCUGAGCGAAUGUCCCAUGUGGGUAGGGUGACCAUAUUUCCCAGGGGGAAAACAGGACACCAUGCAGGGCUGGCCCGAGUGCCUCCUUCCCCUAUGGGGCUGGCCCUUGGUGAUCACCUGAGCCCCUCUCCCCCACCUUCAAGGCUGGGGUUGCUGCUCAUUUGAGCUUUGUCUGCCUGCUACUCAUUAGAGUCCUGCCUGUCACGUGAGGCUGUCACUGCUCACUUGAGCUCUGCCUGCUCCCCUCCCAAACUGAUCAAGUUGGCAAGAGCAAAUGGGAGAAAUGCCCACUUUACCAAAACGUCAGGAUGGCUUAAAAAAGAUUGUCCUGGCCAGAACAGAACAUAUGGUCAUGCUACACAUGGGGUCACUUUAAAAUAGGCUGCGUGGCACUAAUAGAAAGGAUCAGCGUUUUAUUUACUAAAUGAUUUUUAAAAAUCAGAAACCAUUGAACAAUUGGCAGCACUGCAGCCAGGCCUGUAGCAGAGGCCAUGAAAACCUGGUUUGGGUCAGCUGGGAAUAGGGGCGGCAGUGGGAGGGCUGCCCUUUUGCGGGGCUAUGACCCUUUUUCUGCAAUAUAAAACUACAGUAAUGCUCAAGAAUCAGAGGGGUUUUGAUCACCCCCCAGUGACGUGUUGUGGCCUCUCAUCUUGGAUAUCCGUUUAGAAGUACAAGCCCAGUAUGGAUAAUAAACCCAUCGCAUUAAUCUUGAGGCAACCAUCCCAUGGGUCCCCAGAGCUUCUGAUAUGGCUCUAUGCAUAACUUAGGCUCCAUAAAAGCUAGAGAUCCUUAGUGGCUGGUAUAGGGACUAGUAUGUAGUGCUAAAGAGGCUUGCGCGUGUUUUGAAAGAA